UCUCUGCCUGCCUACCUGUUUGUCUCCCUGCCCAUCGUCCCCUGCCGAUCCGGUCUGUGCCCGAUCGACUCGACAUCCGGAACUAGCUAGCUAUGGCCGCGAGCACUGUGCCAUCGACGCUCGCCGUUUCCGACUCGGACAACACCGUCCAAGAGAUAAAGCCAAACGAAUGCCAGCCGGGCCAGCCCUCCCUAGGCGUCGUGACUACGACCCAGAUCCCCAUUCCUUCGAGCCAUGACGCCCCGAAAGCCGGUCGGCAACUUCGGGGGUUCGCCUGGUUUAUCAUGGUUGUUGCCCUCAUCCUGUCUACCUUCCUCUACGCGCUUGACAACACCGUGCUAGCCAACGUCCGGCCUAGCAUAAUCGACACUUUGGGCCGCAUAGACCUGUUGCCUUAUGUGUCUAUCACCUAUCCGCUGGGCGAAGUCGGGUCGAGCCCUCUUUGGGGCAAGCUCAACAACCUAUUCAACAACAAGAUCCUCUUCCUCAUUGCGCUAGCCGUUUUCGAAAUCGGCUCCGCCGUCAUCGGGUCCGCCAGAUCCAUGGAGGCCGUGAUUGUGGGUCGCGCCAUCGCCGGGUUUGGCGGAUCGGGAAUCUACAUGGGCACGAUGAAUAUCGUGUCGGCCAUGACCACACCAACCGAGAGACAGCUAUAUCUGAAUCACAUCGGCAUCGCCUGGAGCUUGGGGACCAUCUUGGGCCCCAUUAUCGGCGGCGCCUUUGCCGAUUCCUCGGCAACCUGGAGGUGGGCAUUUUAUAUCAACAUUGUUGUCGCUGCUUUCGGCGGGCCGACCUGUGUCUUCCUGGUCCCACCCGUCCUUCCACCGGCCGCCAACACCAGGACCGUCUGGGAAAGAAUAAAACAAGUCGAUUACGUCGGCGAGAUCCUCUUCCUGGGAGGCGUCCUCGUCCUGGUCAUGAUCCUCGGGUCCGGCGGCGCCGUGUAUUCGUGGACCAGCGGACAAAUGAUAGGGUUAUACGCAGCGGCGCCUGUGAUUUGGAUAUUAUUUUACGUCCAACAGCGUUUCGAAAUAUUCACUGUGGACAGAAUCUUCCCGCUGCAACUCGCGGGGGAUUGGCAGACGGUGUCGCUAUUUUUCUGGGCCGCUCUGGCUAUCGCCAACAACGUAGUUACUAUUUAUUCCUUGCCGCUGCUCUUCCAGUUCGCUUUCAACGACUCGGCUCUACGUGCUGCGGUGUGGACGCUCCCUUUUAUCGCCGCUCUUCUUGCCAGCGGAGGCCCACUUGGGCCAAUAUUUCCCAAAUUUCCUGUCUACUGGAUCUGGUUUGCUGCCGCCGGCUCGCUUAUGCUCAUCGGUGGCGGCUUACUUACAACGAUUAACUACAGCACCUCUCGUGGUGCUAUAGUCGGAUAUACCGUUAUCCAGGGCCUCGGCUGCGGCCCCGUCGUACAACUUCCCUUUACCGUCGGUCAAGCCAAGGUUGCUCGAUCUGAAGCCGGUGCAGUCACUGGCUUCCUCACCUGUGCACAAAUGGGUGGCCUUGUGCUUUCGCUGGGGAUUGCAACUACUGUAUUCCUCAAUCUAACUACGAACGAUAUUGCUGCGAUCCUCCCGGACCAACCGCUCAGUUUGAUCCAGGCUGCUAUUAACGGUGACAGCUCGUCAUUCUUUGAACAGUUAGACCCUGAUAUUCGUCAACAGAUCGUCGAGAUAAUCGCUCAUAACAUCGGGAAAGUGUUCUACUUGAAUGUCGCUGGCUCUGGGUUUGGUCUGGUGACCGCACUACUAAUGAAACGAGAAAGAUUACAACUUCGGGUGGAAGAAUAGCGAAGGGUUAACGACCCAAGAACCAAUCGCUGAUAAACUAGCGCGGUAGAAUAGAACCUGUUAGAUAAGUUAUAAUAUUGGGC